GCAUCAUUGACAGGGGUGCAUGCCAGACUGUUGGUUUGAGGUUUGCCGUGUGGGCAAAAGGGAAAUUUGGAGGUUGGGGUGCAAGUGUGCUAUUAAGGAUGGAAGAAGCGCUUUGCAGAGAGAUCGCUUUUGAGUGUUCAGGCCAUCCCAUUUAUGUAGCUGGUUCCAUGUGUAGCCGAGCAGAGAGAGAGACAGAAAGGAAAUAGCACAUUCAGGGGGCAUGGCAGUUUGUGUGUGUACGUAAAAAAGAAGGAAAGUUAACGUAAGAGUUCAGACCAGGACCUUGCUCAUCACUUUAAGACUUCACCUGUCGAAGAUACAGAGGAUGUUGCUCAGGGUAUCACACUUAAAAACAUGAAUUUGUACUGGUUGAACAAGUGCAACAAGAAGCGGUCCUAAAUGUGUUCAACAGCCAACUACGCUUUCCCACCAAAGAGAACCUGCGAGGUGUCUGGCAGGCUAUGUGGUGGAGUGUCCUCUAAUGUUCAUGGAGGUAGAUUUCAUGGAGCACAAGACGCAGAGAUGGACAUGGCCUGGCAGGAACUAAUGGCCAUACCUGAGCUGCAGGGCUUGGAGGUUCCCGGUGAAAGCACCUAUGAAACAACACAAUACCGAAGCAUUGAGCCAAUGGUUCAUAUAGGUGCAUAUGAGACGGCCCAGACUGAGCUGCCUGCUCAUUCUACAUACGAGGGCACAACGCACACGUACCAUGGAGGUUACUCUGAGGACACCCGUUAUCGCACAGAGGCACUGUGCGAGCAUUCCCAACCUAAACUCAACCGGAACCUGCCACCUAUCUCAUCUCAACCUCACCACUUGCCAACAGCGCUCCCUGAAAUAAGCUUGUCAGAUAUCAGCCAGCCCAAUUGCAGCUUACCUAAUGGGUUGGGGGGGUGGCGCACAAUGUGGACUUUACAUGGACUAAGUUCACAUGCUCGAACAGCUGAUGAUUUGGAGUCAGAUUCAGGUUUGUCGGUAGGAUCUAGUCCACCAUUAGCCUCGCCUGAAAAUCCUGCAGGAGCACCAGGUUACAAGAGUGUGGACAUUGCCAUUCCAUGCGCAGAAUCAGAACGCAUGACCGAACACAAGAGUACACAUGUUAGCUACAUGACGGACUACCAAAGUCAGUCUGACUCAUACACACAAUUUGGGUCACAGCCUUAUUUCACACCACAGCAACAUUUAAGCCAUUUACAACAUAAUGCUUUAAAACGUCAGACUUUGGGUGACGUACACAACUCUGGAAGGCCCAGCACUGGGAGCUGGCAACAUGUCAUGAAUACACAACCUCCAGGAAGUUUACAAACCCCUACAAUGAGCAGGGAUGAAAGGCGAGCAAUGACAUUGAAGAUUCCCUUCCCAAUCGAUAAGAUCAUCAAUCUGCCAGUGGAUGAUUUCAAUGAACUCCUGACACAGUACACCCUAACUGAUGCUCAACUUGCACUGAUUAAGGACAUCAGGCGGAGGGGCAAGAACAAAGUGGCAGCGCAAAACUGCCGCAAGCGCAAACUGGACAGCAUAAUUCACCUUGAAAGAGAAUUGGGUGAGCUGCAGGCCACGAGAGAAAACUUGGUCCAGGAGAGGUUCGAGUUCCAACACAGUUUAGCUUUUAUUAAGCAUCACCUCACAGACUUAUAUGCUGAAGUCUUUUCUCACCUGAGAGAUGAAACUGGACAACCAUAUUCAAUAGAUGAGUACUACCUACAGCAAACUCCAGAUGGUAAAGUAUAUCUAGUGCCUCAAACAACGAUGCAGAAGAGAGAACAUUGCUGAUGGAUGUACAUCAGAAAUAUUAACUGAAAAAUGGUGACAACUACCUAAAAUCUGAGCAUUCUUUAAUAUACUAUUCAUGUUUUCAAAAAAACAAGACACAUCUUAUAAAAAAUAUAAUUUUAUUUUAAAAAAGUGUAAAAUGUUUACCAAAAUUCAUAAAAACAUCUUCAGCACCAAUUCAGCUUUCUGUGGAAUUCUGCAAAAAACAGAAAAUAAGUUGAUAAAAUGAAUUUCCCCUUACACGAAAUGCAGGCAUUCGUGAUGGCAAACACAAGGGUCGUUCUAAGUGUACCUGAUUUAUCGGUUUUCAGUUAGAUCAACUUUGUUCCCCCUGAGCGCAUGCUUGACUGUACUACCUGAAAGCAGAAACAAGUCAAUAAAAAGAAACUCCUCUACAUGCAUUUUCAUUUAAUCAUGACAUGCAAAUAUGUUGACACACUUAUGCAAUAAUUAGGAGGCCGAUCGACCAACACAAUUAGAUUUUUUUUCACAACAAACUUUUAUCAUUACUGUGCUACACAUCUUACCAGCUACAUGGCAAAGUAAGGUGUACUAUCAGUAGUUGAGAAGGCUGUUCUUACCUACAGGCAGCAUUUAAGCCUUUGGUAGCUGCUGCCUGCUAGCCUCAGGCUUCUGUUCUCACUCUCCCCUGCUUCAAUGAUCCUGGCGUUGAUUGCUACUUCUCUCCCUCAGCUGGCUUCCAUGGCUAGCCUCAAAGACUUUGCAUGUAAGCUAGCAUCCUCCAGAUGUUUUGUGCUGCACCCGGAGUUGAGUCUGUACCCUCACGUGCCCCUCAACCAGUAGACGCGUGUAUUUAUGGCCCUUGCCAUGUGGCGACUAUUGCACUGAUGCGCACAUCACACAGAUGACCCUCCCAGCUGAAUACAACAAUCAUUACACCACCCCUGCACAAAACCACUAAAAAGGAAGCUAAAAGUUAUUAAGAAAUGUUUUUUUUUGUUUAUUCAGCUUGACGUUGAUUCAGUUACAAAUAAAACCAGAUUAAAGACAAAACAAAAUCUACGUAAAACCCUCAUUGGAAUGCUUGCUUUCCAGAAACACAUGAAAAAACACAAGAACGCUUAAAUGAAAACCCUCAACAGUUUAGCUAUUGUACAUCUCUUGCAGUAGCUGUAAUCUGCCACAAGUGUUUGGCUGAGCAGAUUUAGGAGGUAAACCUGCAGCUGCCCUGUCACUUCCUCUCCUCUUGCUGUCACUUCCUCUCCUAAGUACUCAGUCCUGUUGAACAA